AUGCGUGCUAAAAGAGGUCGUCCAAGGAAAGUAAAAGGUGAUGAGGCUGUAAAGAAAAGCGUAGAUGGUGAUAAUGAUGAAUCACCUCUGUUUCCACCAUUAAGUUUGACUUCUAGCAAGGAUGAGGUUCCGCAACGGGGUCAGUUGACCCUUACUUCUUUCGUGUCAUCAACUUCUAGCAGUCGAAUAUCACCAAGAGCAUCCCCACCGCGUUCCACAAGGAAGAUGGAAGAAGAACAGAAACAACAGCAGCAGCAGAGUAAUCAUCCGAAAGAAGAGUUUCUCUUCGAUAAAUCAGUUAGAGAUGCGAUGAAACCUUCUGUGACACGACAGUUUAAAAUGUCAUGGUGUUGGCCAGCAUCCCCCCUACAUAAGGUGGAAAUGAUCUCUGAUAAUUGUUGUAGAAAUGUUGGGUUAACCUCUAUUGUGGAACUACGAGGUGAUCCACAUCUUGAACGUGGGGAACGUCUUGUGGUUCUUAUUCUAUCCUGUGGUCAACGUUUUUUGCUUCCACUAAUACCGGAGCCACGGGAUAGUACUAAGGUACAGGAAACUGGGAUAUUCUGGCGAGUACCAAUGAGAUCAUACCAAGAUCAAGUACCACCCUUCGCUGAGCUUGUCAUUGGUACAGUACAAGAACUUGAAAAAGCUGCAAAUAUUAUUGUGAAUUCAUCAGAGACCGUUGGCUUGAGUAAGAUGAUGAAUGAGAAUAAAAAGAAAGAAUUAGAACGACAAUUACCAAUAGACUCAUUAUCUAAUUUAAGUACAUUCUUUUUUCAAUCUUUACCAUACCGUACACUGUGGUUGUAUCAAUUCCGUAAAUCUCUUAUUAUAUCACUGCCAUGUGAAGAAAGGCUUGUUUCACUUAGUCUAGAGCCGAGCGGGCAAAAGACGCGCAUUUCACCUAGUCUGAUGACAAACGUUAUUAAGCGCACUGCUUCAUUCCGUUUACCUUCUUCUGUUGUUCCUCUCGACCUUAGUGAGGUUUUUGAUCGCCCUUUUCUUGCUGUUGGGACAGUUAGCCAUGGUGUUCUAAUUAUUCUUCUUGAAGGACUUGGUACAUGUGCUUGCAUUGUGAAUCGUAUUGCACUUUCAGGUUUAUCCACUUCAAUGUUUCCAGUGACACGCAUAUGUACUCUAUUUCCUCCUCUUUCUAGUGAGGAGAAGAAAAGCACUACACUUGGAGUAUGGGAGAAAAAGUCAACUGUUGUGUCACAAUCCUUAGAUGGUACCAUUCUUUGUUCAUCUCCGUACGAAAAUCGUACAGUAGUCGUAAAAUGCGCCUCCACAGGAGCUGAUGGCUCUGGAUUUGAAUCACCUCCACCAACAAGGACGGUUGCAAGUUUUCUUUGUUCUGCACCUUAUUGUGAUUCAACUUUGGCUCCUUUGAUUGCAACACAGGAUGGAAAAGUUAUACAAUUUGGGACUGAUGCCACUAUGACGACUAAUUCUAAAGAUGAUGUGCCAGCUUCUACAGAAAAUAAACGUCGUCAGCACUAUGGAAAAUUUGAUGCUGUACAUCCAGAGAUUGUGUAUGAUAACACCGUACGUCCAUUGUUGAGUUCACCUCCAAAUCAUUUUUGUGAAGGAGGUCCUGUUCCGCAAGCAGUAUCAAACUCAACGUAUCAGCCGACAUAUACCCGUCAUUGGUUGUGUAUAACUACUAUCGGUAUGGAGGUUUUGUUACUUGACCGAAAGCUCAUUAAUUACAUAAAGCACAGUACCAUAACUCUUAGUAUUCCAUCAUUUUCUAAUAAACAAACUCCAAAUGAGCAAUGCUAUAAUGAACGGUUGGAAAAGAAAGGGGAAAAUGAGAAUGAGAAUUCUUCUGUCAAAAGUAAUACCCAAACCACACCUGCAGAUGAUGCUACUUAUCGUACUGCAUUAGAAGACGGAGCUACAGGCAUUUCAUGGUUAAAAGUGGAAGACGGUCUAUUGCAGGCAAUUGUGACGCAUCACCAGUGCUUCCUUACUAUAGUGACAUGGAAACCAUAG